CUGCUGUCUGGCGGCACUUCCUCACUGACAGGAGGAGGAGCGGCAGCCUGGCGUGAAGGGGACAGCGGCACAUGCACAGGGGACACCGGAGCUGUGACAGCAACAUGCAUACCUACACUCGGUGCAUACACAUGCGUGUAGCCACCAGCACAUAGGCGCGUCUUAUUCAGCGGCCGGGCCCGGCAAAGUUUAUUGUUCUGCUGCGUGUGGCUAUACAACAUCCUUCCUGUGUGUGAAGCGAGGCAUUACACGCAUAGCCCCGUGCGAGACCGGCCGUGAUGCAGCCCGCGCUGUGGAUUCCCAGUACGUGGAUCAUGUAUGGGCGUGACUGACACCGGGAGGUCACUGACUCUGUAUUUACAAUGUGCAGGUAACAGAGGAGAGCUCCGUGUGUGGGGAGACGUGCUUUCUGUCUGCUGAAGGAGGGUAUACUCGGCGCCGUACAGCCAGAAGGAUACGGACACCUGACGGAGGGCACCGGAGUAUACAGGCAGUGAGCUGUGCACACCUGGCACUGGGCUUUGCACCUGGCAGAAGCAUACGGGCACGGCGCUCUGACGACAGGGGGCACUAGCCUCUGCACACCCGGCAGGAGUGUAAAUGCAGCGGGCUCUGCACACCUGAAAGGAGGUACACAAAGUUCUGCACACCCGCCCGGAGGGUGAAUAUACAUAUAUAUAGAUACUGGGCUCCGAGUAACUGGAAGGAGUGUAUAUAUACACCGGGCAGCAGUUCACACCAGCCCGGGAGGAGAGCGCACUCGCCGCUGCUGGAUCUACCUGAGCUGCCGGAACGCUGUGGUUAUGUAGCCGGUGCUGUUAUAUGCCAUUUACUAUGCCUGUCCAAUAACGCAUCAGGAGGUGACUAGAUCCCGGCUGUGCACACCGCACAGGGGGCGGAGGGCAUUACCCCCCACCACACACACCGUAUUAAUCCCCCGGUGGAUGCGAGGUGACCCGGUCGGGUGUGUGUUGGGGAUGGGCGGGCGGCAGAGCAGCAGUCCGGCUUCGGACGGUCGGACACGGGCAUAUUCUGGCUCAGACAUCCCGUCCAAUACCGUCCGGGGGCCGGUCAGGGGCCCAGCGGGAGUAGCCACUUCCUCACCCCUGGCACGGUAUUCGUAUAUCGCGAGCGGACACUCUGUGGCAGGAGCUGGAGCAGUGGGCUCGGACAGUACGCAGCCCGUCCUGGGCUCCCGGAGCCGCUCGGUUGGGGGGAUCCGGAGUCAGGCCGCGCUUAGCCAGGCCGGCCUCAGCAUUCCCGGGGCGGCACGGGACUCUGGCAGCAGCACGCCCGAAGAAGGUGGCAGGGAACGCGCACCAGGCGGAGGAGGCUCGAGGCUGCUCAUCGGAUCGCUACCCUCUCACCUCUCCCCUCAUCUGUUUGGUGGAUUUAAGUGUCCGGUGUGCUCAAAGUUUAUUCCAACUGAUGAAAUGGAUCUACAUCUCGUCAUGUGCUUGACAAAGCCAAGAAUAACAUAUAAUGAGGACGUGCUAAGUAAAGAUGCUGGAGAAUGUGCAAUAUGUUUGGAAGAGCUACAACAAGGGGACACAAUAGCGAGGUUACCGUGUCUAUGCAUAUACCACAAAGGGUGCAUAGAUGAAUGGUUUGAAGUAAAUAGAUCUUGUCCUGAACAUCCUUCAGACUAAAGGACUAUGCUCUCUUCCAAAGGACUUUGCUCUUCUGCAUUCAUGAACUGAGUAACAGCUGAAAGGAAAAGCCUAUGAACACGGCAGAUAUCCUGAGAGCUGGCAUUUAAACAGCCUAAGACCUUCACGUUACUGUGAUUCUGGAACACCGUUGAAAACAUCUAAUCAAGACUAAGACACCCCAGAGAAGACGUUUUAUUGCCUCAGAGAUCAGUGUGCCAAAUAUUCGUAACAAGGACACACACAGGGAUUUUUCCAAAUGCUGGACAUACUGUUUUGAAAAAGAAAAACAUGAAAAAAAAAAUGCCCCGCCAUUCCUGUUAAUGAACAUUUUGUAUAUCGGGCCAAAGUUGACCUACACGUCAUCCAGCAGUUUUGUUU